AUGACUGUGAGUUACUCGCUCAGCACGUCUCGGGCAGGUGUCCUGACGUUCCCACGACUGUUAUUCAGAUGGAGAGGAAGUAUUUAUAAAUUGGUGUAUGUGGAAUUAUUCAUCUAUCUCAUGUUUUACUUCGCAUUGUCGUUCACUUAUCGAUUUGCACUGAAUGCCUACCAACGAACACUUUUUGAAGAGGUGUGCGGGUUUUUCAGUGACAUUUUCCUUGACGUUAUUCCUCUCAGUUUCCUCAUGGGAUUCUACGUGGCACUUGUCGCGGCUCGCUGGUGGAAUAUGUACAGCGCAAUUCCCUAUAUCGAUGGUAUAAGUCAAAUAUUUGCCACCUACAUCCGGGGCAAUGAUGACGUCACGCGGAUGCAGCGUCGGUCUCUUGUAAGGUGGAUCACCUUGACGUCGACCAUAGUAUUUACGUCUGUGUCACCUCCCGUCUUGAAACGUUUUCCAACGUGUCUUCAUCUAGUGAAGGCUGGUGAGUUUCGUUCCCGGGUGACCUCGUAUCAUUUGUGUUAUAUAAGCGCCAUGAGGUAUUGUUAUUUAGUUUUCAAAGGUCGUCCCGCACAAUACAUGUACCCGUUAUUGUUCCGUCUGAAGUCGGAAUGA